AUUCAAAUAUAACGCAAAAAAGUGUUGAAAGAGUAGGGCCUACGACUUCCAAGAACCCUCAAAUCCACAGCCAAUUCCUACCCUUUAUCCUCUCCCUCCAAUGGCCACCACUGUGCUAAAAGCGCCACCUACUUUCGGCACAACCAACGGCAGCAAUUCGACCCUAACGUCCCGUAAUUUUACUCGCGUAUCGUUUAUUUCUAUUGGACAGAAAUGCUCUGUUAAACGAUGCCGUAAUUUUCACUCUAGCAUUACUAGUAUAAAAUCCCCACACCGCUCGCUUAAGAAGUUCUUAAACUUCGCUUCAGAUGGAGAAGCUGUUGAAACGCAAACUGAAACCCUAGAGAAAGACCCCGCUCAGGAAGCUGAACCUGAUAUUGAGGGCAGUUCAGAUGGUGGUGGUGGUGUUGAUGCUGCCAGUGAGAGUGACAGUGCAGUUGCAGAGGAAUCUGCGUCAGCUGUUAAAGUGUCACUAAAUUUGUACAAAGAGGCUUUGGCAAAUAACGAUGAGGUGAAAGUCGCCGAGAUAGAGCUAUUCCUUAAAUCAAUUGAAGAUGAGAAAAUUGAUCUUGGGAGAAAAGUGGCUACUUUAUCAGAAGAAUUGUCAUAUGAAAAGGCUAGGAUUCUUAGAAUCAGUGCUGAUUUUGACAAUUUUCGAAAGAGAACGGAGAGAGAACGCCUUAACUUGGUAACAAAUGCACAGGGUGAAGUGGUGGAAACUCUGUUGUCUGUUUUGGAUAAUUUUGAGAGAGCCAAAUCCCAGAUCAAGGUGGAAAAAGAGGGAGAGGAGAAGAUCCAUAAUAGUUACCAAAGCAUAUACAAACAGUUUGUGGAGAUUCUUGGAUCCCUUGGUGUUGUCCCAGUGGAGACUGUGGGGAAACCGUUUGAUCCCAUGGUAAGCUUCCGAGUUGGCUCAAAAUUCAGUAGAGUAAUAUAUGGACCUUUUGAAAAGCUGUAUAAAGUUUGUUCUGGUAUUAUCAAGACCUGGAUAAGAUUUUAACUCAAAUUAAUUUAUCGAUUGAUUGGAGCCAACUCGCUCCACGAAGCAAUAAUGCGCGAAGAUUCAACAGAAUUUGAAGAUGGUAUUAUCCUUGAAGAGUACCGGAAGGGUUUCAAACUUGGUGAGAGACUCUUAAGGCCAUCAAUGGUGAAGGUUUCAUCCGGCCCAGGGCCUGCAAAAUCCAAAACUGCCGAGCCAUCAGAAGAAGCAGAAGUCAAAGAAUCUAGUGAGGAGGGCAGCCCUGAAGCUGCAUCUGCCGAGGAAUAGCGGCACUUUGAAAAAUCAAUUUUGUACUAGCAAAUACUUACUAAAAGUUAUUAUUCUUGUAGUACCAUAUGCUUGUGAGAUUUGUUUUAUUUUCUAUUGGGAUAUUGGUUUGAAGAGAGGAGCACUUCCAUAUCUGUAUAGUUCGUUGUUCAACGAAUUUAAGAGGUAACACGCCCAUGUAGCAGAAA